GUGACCGCGCAUCGACCUUGCCUGAGUGACCCACAAGUUCUAAUCUCGGUCCAAUAAAUAAUAUUCAUUCUGGAAUGAUCAUCGAACCAUCGGAAACCACGAGAAACCUUGUCUCAUAAAAAUUCUAAUUUCGAUAAGAAUGUGAUAAACACGCGUUCGGAGGAGGUGCUGCAUGUGGUGCUAUAGCAUAACGUUUUUGCAUCGUUGCGAGAAAUCUGCGGCGUCAGGAUACGGCUGUCGGUAGAAGAGCCGCGAUAUAUGCCUGACUCCGUUGCUUCAUAAAUUCCUUUCCCGCCACGACUGUUUCCAAACAUUGCUCGUCUCUUGUAUACGGUACACCAAAGUCCUUCUGACUCGUUUAUUGCUUCUGCUGUGCUCUGGUUAAUGCAUAAACAUGAUUCAACUAGUAUUCAAAGAGUUUGACGACAACGAUAGGCGCACAAUGUUGACCGUCCUCGACAAGAUGCCCAGCCUGAAGCUAGGCGAAUUCACGCUGGAGCUCGAGCUAAUGCCACCUGGACCGGAGCUGCAGGAAGUCGCCAAGAGGGAGCUUCGAGAGUCGCCGGAACUGCAAAAGGAGUCUAUCGAGAAGCUCCGGGAACUGCUGAAAGCCGAGACAAAGCUGAAGGUGCCGCUGGACAACGACUCGUGGCUGAUCCGAUUCCUCAGGCCCUGCAAAUACUAUCCGGAAUCGGCGCUGAAGCUGGUGCAGAACUACUACAGCUUCAAGGUGAAGCACGAGAACGUCUACAAGGGUCUGAAGCCCAGCCGGGAGAAGAAUAUCUUCGAUCACAAUAUCCUAACCGUGUUGCCGAACCGCGACCAGCACGGCAGACGGAUAUUGAUCAUCGAGCUUGGAAAGAAAUGGAAGCACAACAAGUGCAGCUUGGACGAGGUGUUCAAGGGAUGCGUCCUGUACGUAGAGGCGGCCAUGUUGGAGCCGACUACACAAAUCGCAGGAGCCGUGGUGAUCUUCGAUAUGGACGGUCUGACGCUUCAGCAGACUUGGCAGUUCAAUCCUCCGUUCGCAAAGAGGAUAUUGGACUGGCUGCAGGAAGCUGUGCCCCUUCGGGUGAAGAACAUUCACAUCAUCAACCAGCCUUACGUGUUCAACAUGGUGUUCGCGUUGUUCAAGCCGUUCCUCAAGGAGAAACUGAAGAACAGGAUCAUUUUCCACGGCACAGAUCGCAAAUCGUUGCACCAAUACCUGUCGCCUAAAUGCUUGCCCGAUUGCUAUGGCGGCACUCUGCAGAUACCACGUGUCACUGGGCCACAGUGGCUCGAACUGCUGCUGAUAUGUGAUAAAGAGUACGAUGCGAUCAACUCUUAUGGUUACGUAAACGGGAAAUAGCUUGUAAAUAGUAUUAAACGUCCCCGCGAGAAGGGGUGAAGAGGAACAAUAGCCUCCGACAGGAUCGGGACUCGAUGUUUCGAUUGGUUCGAGGCGAUUCCUGAGCAACAACGACGUCCGUGGAUUCCAUUCCGUCGACUCGUCUGCAUUAUUUAUAAAAAAAAGAACAAGAUUUGGAUCGUUGCUUCCGUCGCCCUUCCCAAUCCCUUGUCCCCACCAUCUCUCCGUCUAUCCGUGACAAAUUACGUGUGUUUUCUUUUUUCACUUUUCUUACGAGAGAAUGAAUGCCGAAGAAGCAACAGGUAGGCUAGGCCGUCGCAGCUAAAGUUAUCGUUAGCAUUGUAUUAUUACGAGAAUCGUAGGGAUACCGUAGAGUUAGCUAUUGUUUCAAUAAAUUCGACCGAAUCGUCGAGACAAACGGGCGCACGAAAUCGAAAAAAAACAUAAACGACGGAAUUCCACUUGUCUCCUGAUCGAUUAGUGCCACGCUGUGAAUCUUUGUAUGUAUUAUAAAAAGUUUUUAGUAUUUUGACUUUGUAUUUUUUUCGCAAAAUAUAUGACAGAUACGAUAUCCCGAUUGUUAUUGCAAAGAUUUCGCGCAUUGGCGGCGAAAAUCAGAAAUUUGAAACGAUGCGAGGAUUGUACAGCUCGACGAAACGAUUUCGAAUGGAUGGAAAAAUGAUUUCGUCGACGAAGUGCAAAAUUUAUGUUCCCGGAAACGAUUCGCGCGCUGGACAUAGUGCUUAAUUAGUGUGACAACGGCAAUCGACUACGGUAAUUGUACGUUCGUUGCUGGCGUGUCGCGGAUGAUUUUUUCAUCCGAUUCCUGUCGACCAUGGUAAUAUGACCACGUUGUCCGGGACAACAUCGAUUUCAUACCGCGUGCCGGUCGCUGUGUAUACACUGGAAUGUUGAUUAAAAACAAUUGAGAAUUGGUCUACAAGUUAUUUGCAAAA